AUGACUAUAGAGGAUCUCCCAGAACCUUCCUUAGAAGGAGACUCCCUCAUUGAAAGAGAAAGGUUCUUAAACUCGGAAACAUCUGUUACUUUUUCUGUUGCUGCAGCACCGAUGCCUUCAGACUGUGAGUUUUCCUUCUUCGAUCCAAAUGAUGCAGCAUGUCAAGAAAUACUUUUCAACCCAAAAACAUCAGUUUCUGAAUUGUUUGCUAUCUUACGGCAGUGGGUUCCACAGGUCCAGCAGAAUAUUGAUAUUAUUGGGAAUGAGAUCAUUAAAAGGGGUUGCAAUGUGAAUGACAGAGAUGGACUGACUGAUAUGACUCUCUUGCAUUACACUUGCAAAUCGGGGGCUCAUGGUAUUGGUGAUGUUGAAACCGCUGUAAAAUUUGCAACACAGCUCAUUGAUUUGGGUGCUGAUAGCAGUUUACGCAGCCGCUGGACAAACAUGAAUGCCUUGCACUAUGCUGCCUACUUUGAUGUUCCAGAACUUAUUAGUGUUAUUUUGAAAAAUGCAAAGCCGAAAGAUGUGGAUGCCACCUGUAGUGAUUUUGAUUUUGGAACAGCUUUGCAUAUUGCUGCAUUUAACCUAUGUACAGGAGCUGUCAAGUGUUUACUGGAGCAUGGAGCAAAUCCUGCCUUUAGGAAUGACAAAGGGCAGAUUCCAGCAGAUGUGGUUCCUGAUCCAGUAGAUAUGCCACUGGAAAUGGCAGAUGCAGCAGCCAGUGCAAAAGAAAUCAAGCAGAUACUGCUCGAUGCAGUGCCUCUCUCGUGUGACAUCUCGAAAGCCAUGAUUCCAAACUAUGACCAUGUCACAGGCAAGGCCAUGCUUCUAUCGCUUGGCCUGAAACUGGGAGAUCGUGUUGUUAUAGCAGGACAGAAGGUUGGUACAUUAAGAUUUUGUGGCACAACGGAAUUUGCCAGUGGCCAGUGGGCUGGAAUAGAGCUGGAUGAACCAGAAGGAAAGAACAAUGGAAGUGUUGGGAAAGUCCAGUACUUCAAGUGUGCACCGAAACAUGGUAUCUUUGCACCUCUUUCUAAAAUCAGCAAGGCUUCUGAUCACAAAAAAAGCUCUGUACGAAGUUCUUCCGUGCGGUCUUCACCUUUGGUCAAAUCCAAGAAAAUAGAUGUGACGCACAUAACUUCCAAAGUGAAUUCUGGCCUGAACACAGCAAAAAAAGACGGUGCUUUGGAAACCAACUUUAUGACUCCUCACAAGGGAAAACCUGUACCUGCAAAAGAUGGUUUUCCUGGGUACACCAGCUCUUCAUCUUCUACUACCUCCUUGGAAGGCAAACGGAAUUACUCCAAGAAGCGGAACUCAACUGGCAGCAAUAGGAAGGCAGUGACCCGAGUGUCUUCUGCCUCAUCUAAAAUCAGUGCUGGAUUCUAUAGUUCUCCAGCUACGAGGAAAAAUGCUUUUGGUGAAGGAGAAAUUCAGGUCGGAGACAGAGUACUGGUGGUAGGACAGAGAACAGGCACCGUCAGAUUUUGUGGGACGACAAAAUUUGCACCAGGAUUCUGGUGUGGAAUUGAAUUGGACAAGCCUCAUGGGAAGAAUGAUGGUUCCGUGGGAGGUGUUCAGUACUUCAGUUGCCUUCCCAGACACGGUAUAUUUGCACCACCAUCUCGUGUACAGAGACUAACAGGUUCUCUGGAUUCUCUCACAGAGACUUCAUUGAAUAAAAUAAGUCACACUUUUCCAGGCUUUAGGCGCAGCCUGAGCACCACUUCUGCGUCUUCACAGAAGGAGAUAAACAGAAGAAACUCCCUUGUUAGAUCCAAAAGCUCCAUGUUACGGCGCAGCUGGAGUAGCACCGCUACGGCUAACACCGAGGGACCGGUGAAGCUGCAUGAAGGCUCUCAGGUCCUUCUGACCAGCUCCAACGAAAUGGGAACCAUCAGGUACAUUGGCCCUACAGACUUUGCACCUGGAAUAUGGCUUGGACUGGAACUCAGAAGCGCCAAGGGAAAGAAUGAUGGCUCUGUGGGGGAGAAGCGCUACUUCACCUGUAAGCUGAACCACGGGGUCUUAGUUCGACCCAGCAGGGUAACCUAUCGUGGGAUUAAUGGGGCAAAGCUUGUAGAUGACAUCUGCUGA